AUACACAGCUAACGGUUUAAGUCAUACAAAAAUCAGAUCGGGUUCGCUAAACAAGCUAGCUAGCUAACAUCCGCUAGCUGAGCGUACUGUUUGCUAACCCGCCAUUCAGUUAUUCAUUUUUCUGGACAUUUUGCGGCCUGAUUUCUGCAGGAAUCAUAACCUUAUAAUAACUUAAACGACUUCAAGUUACAGACAUGUCAGCUGAUACCAAAAUUGCAGAGCUACUGACAGAGCUGCAUCAACUCAUCAAACAAACUCAGGAGGAGAGGUCACGCAGUGAACACAAUCUGCUCAACAUUCAGAAAACACAUGAAAGGAUGCAGACAGAAAACAAAACCUCGCCGUACUACAGGACCAAGCUGAGGGGACUGUACACCACAGCUAAAGCAGAUGCUGAAGCAGAGUGCAGCAUUCUGCGUCAUGCUCUUGAUAAAAUCGCAGAGAUCAAAUCUUUAUUGGAGGAGAGGCGAAUAGCUGCUAAGAUGGCAGGAGUUUACAGUGACAGCGAUCCUCCCAGGAAGACGAUGAGACGCGGUGUCCUGAUGACUCUCCUGCAGCAGUCGGCCAUGACGCUCCCUCUGUGGAUCGGCAAGCCAGGGGACAGUCCUCCUCCCCUGUGCGGAGCGACGCCAGCCAGCAGCGACUAUGUGGCCAAGCAGGGGGAUAAGGUCGCGGCGAGAGUGAAGGCUGUGGACGGAGACGAGCAGUGGAUCCUGGCUGAGGUCGUCAGCUACAGCCACUCCACCAACAAAUAUGAAGUGGAUGAUAUUGAUGAAGAAGGCAAAGAGAGACACACUCUGAGCAGGAGGCGCAUCAUCCCGCUCCCCCAGUGGAAGGCCAACCCAGAGACGGACCCCGAGGCCCUGUUCAGUAAAGACCAGCUGGUGCUGGCCCUCUACCCCCAGACCACCUGCUUCUACCGGGCCCUCAUCCACACUCCGCCACACAGGCCUCAGGACGACUACUCGGUGCUAUUUGAGGACACGUCGUAUGCCGACGGCUACUCCCCUCCGCUCAACGUGGCCCAGCGCUACGUGGUGGCCUGCAAGGAGAACAAGAAGAAGUGACCAAAGAACGGAAACCGAGACCGGAGGAGACCAAGAGACAACGACAAUGAAACCUGCUUUGGGAACAUCCGCGCUUCAGAAUAACACUAAUUUCCAUUUCAUCUGAACAGGGUUAGAGGAACAUCUGUCAAAAAAAAA